UGACAUUUGGUCGAGAUUCGAGAACUAGACAAAAUGGGAAAGGUUAUGACGAAGUAUGAGAAAAUGUUGAAUCAUUUAUAAUUUAAUGUACAAAAAAGAUGUUCUAGAUAUACGAAAAAUGUAUAUAUUAUUACAGGAGUAAACGAGAAUGGAAUUUUCAACUUUGAUAGUUCCUUUAACUAAUAAUAUGUGUCGAACUUGUUUAGUAGAAUUUGAUUCCAAUGACGCCGCCAUGUUUAUGAAUAUACAGGAUCUCAUUGAACAUGAAAUUAAUAAAAUAAAAUUAAUAGAUAUCUUAGUUUUCCUAAAUUGCUUGGAGCAUAAUGAUGAAGAAAACUGGCCUCAAGGAAUGUGUGCAUCUUGUGUAUCGACAGCUUUAAUGGCUUAUAGCUUUAAACUGAAUUGUUUGAAAGCUAAUGCCACUCUUUCACAAAUAUUAACUCUGCAACAACAGACUUCUCAGCAAUCUGAUAUAGACAAUAUUGAUAUAAAUGUUGUUUAUCAAGAUCAUGAAUAUGAAGUCCCCCUAUUUAGCAGUCAGUCUGUUCUAGAUUUUGAAUCUAAUCUGCCUUCUAAUAAGGAACUAACUCCAUUGCCUCCAGUCACUGAGAUAACAUCUACUGAACAUCCACCACGAAAAGAAGGAGAGAAAAAAUAUUCAUGUAGCUUGUGUAGUAAAUCAUUUACCCGCAUAUAUAGUCUGAGAUACCAUAUGGCCACACACAGUGACUUUCGCAAACAUUUGUGCCCUAAAUGUGGGAAAGCUUUCUUUACUUAUAAUGGACUAAGUCAACAUCUGCGAUCACAUAGGGAGACAGCCCAGUUCAAAUGUGGCUUCUGCAAUAAAACAUACAAAUCGAGGCAGUCCCUUAAAGAACACUUUCGUGUAGCACACUCAAGUAAUCGCAAGUUAUUUGUUUGUGUUACUUGUGGAAAAAGAUUCACAGCAAAGUCAACACUAGUGAUGCAUACAAAGACUCAUACCGGGCAAAAAGAAUUUGCCUGUUCAUUGUGUCCUAAAACAUAUACAAGGGCUUCCUACUUAAGAGCACAUGCUCAUAUACAUAGUGGAAGUGAAAGACCCAGAAAAUUUCAAUGUCCUUACAGUAAUUGCAAUAGGAGUUUUGCAACCAAGCAUUCACUGUUAGUCCAUAUAGCUCACACACACAGAACUGAAAGACCCCAUCAAUGUGAUAUUUGUAUGAAGGGUUUUGCUACUAUGUCAGGUUUAAAGAUACAUAAAAUUUCUCACACUGCUAAUAAAGAGGUAACUUGUGAGACUUGUAAUAAGAAAUUAUCAAAUAAGAGAGUAUUACAAAAGCAUAUGAAGGUACAUGGAGUGAAUGAGUGAAAACUUUGGUAUUUUGUUUUGUAGAUGUAGGCUUUAAAUUUGAAUAUUGAUUCAGUGUCAAAAAUACUUAUGACUGCUUAUUGUUUAAAUCAAUAAAGUAUAUCAAAUUCAA